AAUAUGAGCACCAACACUAUAAAACGAGGACUCAUCACUGCCUCUUCCAAAGUGUGUGCACAUUGCAUACUCUCUUUCACGGUAUACCCUCCAUACACCCACCACACACACCAAUUACCGAGGCACACGCGGGCGUGGCCAUACGAUCGUCAGAGAAGAUGGAGAUGGCUAUCGGCACAGCAAGCUGGCUCGUCGGCAAGGUGCUGAAUAAGCUGUCCGAUGACUUGGUGGCUGCAUAUGUGGCCAGCUCCGAUCUCGGCAUCAACUCCGAGCAGAUUAGAUACAAGCUCCAGUACAUGCAAGGGCUGCUGCACGCGGCCCAGGAGAAGGACGUGAGCAGCAACCCUGGCCUGCAGAGCUUGCUGGAGGGCCUGAGCAAGAAGGCUGAUGAGGCUGAGGAUGCCUUGGAUGAGCUCCACUACUUCAUGAUCCAGGACAAGUUGGACGACACCAACAAGGCAGCCGCGGAGCUUGGUGAUAGCCUCCGUGCUCAUGCUCGCCAUAGUCGCCAUGCUGCUCGUCGCACCAUCGAUUCUUUCCAGCUGGAAGAAUUUAUGGUGGAUAGCAUCUCGGCAGUGCUUACUGCUCCCAUUUGCAGUCACCUUGCCGCUACCCUCCACACAUUGGAGUUCUGCGAUGAUCAACGAGAGAGAACCUUCACAGAAGUGCAAGAGCAAGUGCUUAACCUCCUCACCUCCCUCCAACAUUUGGAAUUUCGAUAUUGCGGAAAUCUUCGGUCCCUCCCUCAAGGGUUACCUUUCCUUUCUUCUCUCAAGACACUACAUAUAUACGGUUGUAAGAAAAUCCGCCGCCUGCCGCCCAAGGAGGGCUUCCCAGCUUCACUGGACAAGCUUCAAGUAUGGUUUUGCAGUCCGAAGCUAACUAAGCAAGCCAAGAAAUUGAAAGGAAGAGACCCAUCGUUUUUGGUACAAGUACAAGAGUAACAUGUAUCAGACUGAAUGAAACUAGGGAGGAGCAGCGAGAGAGAACCCAUGCGCAGGGGAUCUGGAAAUGGUGGGAAUCUUUGCCGCUCCCUCUCAGAUCUCAGGGUUUCCUGCCUCUCUCUCCCGCCCGUCGCGGCGGCGCUGGAGCGGAACGUUGGCGGCCAUCCGAUCUGUUCUGCGCGCGCGUCGGUGGAUCUAGGUCACCAUGUUAGGAGGGUAAGCAGCAGGCAAAAGGCGCGAGUGGGCAGCAGGUCCGCCAAAUAUAUGGGGACACACAGUAGGCGUUCCAGCCAACUGUGGCGUCAUUGUCGCCUGUAAUGAGCGUGCCUUCCCUGUAUGCCGCCCUUGUUGUGAUACGAACGCAAGGAAAGGAACCAAUGAUGUCCCCAGUGAAGACAAUGCAAGAGGCUGAAAGGUUUGUCUCUAUAGAUGCAACCUGUCGAUUUGUUAUGUGAUGUGUGUCUGAAAAUAAGACAUGGAAUUCUGUGCUUUGUGCUUGCUUUAUACGAGCCAAAGUUCUAGCAUACUAGUCGGUAUGCUUGUUUCUCAAUAUAUAAAAUUUCACUCAUCCUCAUCGUAUUCUGUUAGUUUUGUGACUGCUUAUAAAUCAUGAUAAUUAAUUUGAUGUGUACAGCACUUGCUUAAAAAGUUUAGGUGGCCCCUGAAUUCAAGCAGAUGAUUUCAGGGAGAUGAGGAAGAAGACGUUGAUGACCUGGACAAUGAGUUCAACUAUAAUAGGUAAUGGAAUGGCAAAGGUCAAGAGUAGCAGGUGUAGGGUCAAGGAGAAGAUAUUGAUUUGUCUUCAUUCUCGCCAUGAACCUCAUCAUCUUAUUUCUCGAUUGACAAGUGGGCAACAGGUAAAUAUUUAUCAUCCAGGCACUUGCUUCUAUUCAUUUGAGACUUGAGCAGAACUCAAAAUGGAGAAGAAUAUGGUCCCUGGGUUCCAUUUAUUGGAAUUAUGUUCCUUUUUUAUUUUGUUUUCAACUGGUCAGAUGCUCUUUUACGAAGGCUCAAGUUGUUUCUGUAGGAAUGCCUUGCUCUCUUGUGCAUUAAUGCACUGGUAAUAUUCUUCUGACUUCUAGAUAGACUUCUUAAGAAACAUGCACGUAACCCGCCUCCAUUCUUAAUUUGAGGUGAUGCCUCCCCA